AUGGCUGCCCAGUACGACACCGUCGUCAAAGCUUUGCAGACUCACGUGGCGCAGGAUGUUGAGCUUCAGACCGCGAAGGUCCUCUUGGGCAGCCUACUGCUUGUCAUUAUCGACGGAGGCACAGCGGGCUUCUUUUGGGGCUAUAUACUUGUCGUCAUUGGCUACACCUUGGUGUAUGCAAGUUUGGCAGAGAUGGCAUCUAUGGCUCCGACAUCAGGGGGCCAGUAUUCGUGGGUUAGUGAUUUUGCCCCAGAUGGCGCACAGCGCUACCUAAGCUACAUCACCAGAUGGCGUGCUUCACAGGAUGUUCCCAUGAUGCGGAUGCUGACGUGGCUGUGCGUGUCAUCUAGGCAGUCCGCCAUUACUGGCAUUGCCUUCUUAGUCGCUACGAUCAUCCAAGGACUGAUGGUGCUCGGCAACGCGAACUAUGUGUUUGAGAGGUGGCACGGAACGCUGUUGGUGAUUGCUGUUGUGUCCCUUGCCAUAUUCCUCAACACGUUCGUCGCCAGAAAACUCCCGCUCGUGGAGGGCGGGUUGGCCGUUCUCCAAUUCGCGGGCCUCUUCGUAGUAAUCAUUAACAAUGCGCAUGACGCUUUCUUACAGCUUGCCAAUGGUGGCGGCUGGCCCUCUAACGGACUGGCGUUCUUCGUCGGCCUGUUACCUAUGACACUCUCCCUUCUGGGCUUCGACAGCGCAGUUCACCUGUCAGAAGAAAUAUCUGGUGCAUCCCUAGCUCUUCCGCGUGCCAUCAUGUGGCCGCAGUAUCUCAACUCGUUCCUGCGUUUCGUAGUGGUUGUCACCCUGAUCUUCACGAUGGGUGAUCUAGACGAGAUCUCAGCUAGCGCCACCGGCUACCCGUUCAUCCAGGUCUUCUACAACACGACGAACUCUCUUGCUGGCACCGACACCAUGUCACUUCUACUGAUCCUGUCACUGUUCGGCAGCAUAUGGGCCUUUGCACGUGACAAUGGCGUCCCAUUCUCAGCCACCAUUCAACACGUUCAUCCGAAAUGGAGCAUUCCACUCAACGCCAUUCUCAUCUCCCUGCUCGUCUGCAUUCUUCUGUCGCUCAUCAACAUCGGCUCAUCCGCAGCGCUGAACGCUAUUCUUGCUCUAGACUUGACUGCUUUACUGGCUUCUUACACCAUUUGCAGAAGCUGCCUGGUCCUCAAGCGACUCCGCGGCGAGCCGCUACCCCCUCGUGCUUGGUCGCUCGGCCGGUGGGGCCUGGCCAUCAACAUUGCUGCAGUCUGCUGGCUUCUACCGCUCUUCGUCUUCACACUCUUUCCGGUGGCUAUUCCGGUUGCGGCGAGCUCCAUGAACUGGGCGUGCCUAUUACUGGGCGCUGUGGUACUUUUUGCGAACGCCUAUUACUUUGCCCAUGGUAGACGUUUGUACAUAUCACCAGAAGAGAGGCUCCGUAGAGACUUACAGGGGGAGGUCCAUGCGCGUGGCAAAUGA